CUCUUAUCUCAGGCGGACAUGGCCUGCAGGGGCUGCACUCGACCCAGGGGCCUGGCCCGGGCCCUGCGACUGACCCUGGCAUGGAUCCUGCUGGGAGCCUGUGGAGGGAGCCACCCAUUCCCGGACACGUCCUGGAGACAUCAGAGGCUGGCGGCCGAUCUGGGCACAGGCCAGUUGCAUCCGGCAGGGCCCUGUUGUCCCUCAGAGAUGGACACGCCAGAGGCAUCGGGCCCUGAGAUCGUCCCAGAGCGCUGCGGCGAACCGAAUCCCGGGUGCAAAUCCUUCCUGGGACACCUCCAAGUUGCCCUCCGCAGUCGCUUGCGCCUGCUGCUAUUGGGGGUACGCCUGGCGCAACCACUCUGCGCGGAGCUCUGCGAUGCCUGGUUUGCCACCUGCGAAAGUGAUAUCACCUGCGGCCCCACUUGGCUCCCUUUCCUAGAAAAGAGGGGCUGCGAGGCGGACUGCACUACCUAUGGGCAGACCUUCGCUGACGGAGCCGAGCUUUGCCGCUCGGUUCUGGGCUACGCGCUGCCGGUGGCAGCCCCUGGCGCUGGUCACUGCCUCAACGUCUCCGUCUCGGUGCUUCCGCGUCCCAGACACGGACGGAGGGCCCGGGAAACCGCCUCCCCGCGCCGCCGCCGCCGUCGCUCCUGGAUCCUGGGCGCUGCGGGCAGCGGCAGCGGCAGCGGCAGCGGCAGCGGCCCCUAGGGGGCGCCUGGCCUUGGAUGGGAGAUGGGUCCCCUCCCCCGCCCAUCCCCAGCCCGGCCCCUUAAGACGCCCAGAGCUCCACUCCUCUCCCCCUCUGCCUUCUAGUUUCCAGAGUCCUGCCCCUCCUCUCUGGGGUCCCAGAGACUCACCUCUCUCUAGAUUAUUAAAAAAAUAACCUAACCAACUCUACUCAUUUUCUCCUCUCCCCUCUGAAUAAAGUCGCCAACUAGAGCACGUGAUGUGGCUGCUUCUUGGGGAAUAGGUAGGAAGGAUGGUUGCCAGAAAGUGAUAGGUUCUAAUCCUCAGGUCCUAGAGUUAGCGACUGAUUCAUACUAGCGUGUAAAUGAUGGAUGGCCUACACCCUGGAGCACUUGUCAUAACGUGGAAUAUUCAGCUGUCAGAAAUGAGGUGUGGCAGGAUCAGAAGAAGGGCUGACAGGGGCAGGAGGUUGUUCUCCCGCUGUGUGCCACGAGGACCGCCAAGAAGCCCUCUGACUUGCA